AUGCGACAUGUGCGAACUCGACCGCGAGAAAUGUUCUUGCCAACAGUUGCAGUGGUUUUUGGUGAAGUUUUUAAAGUGCUUGCUUGCUUUCUGUGGCUUGUGGUCCAGAAAGCGAGCUUAAUCAAGACACUGAAAAUGAUCCAUGAGGGCACAACCAGGCAACCAAUUGACACUCUCCGGGUGUGUGUGCCUGCUGCUACAUAUGUUGUCCAAAACAAUCUGCUUUACAUUGCGGUAUCCAAUUUACCUGCAACAACAUAUAUGGUCUUAUAUCAGCUAAAAAUUCUCACGGCAGCUCUGUUCACAGUCACCAUUCUCCGAAGACGCCUGUCUUUGGUGCAGUGGCUGGCUCUAGUAAUACUUUUUGGCGGAGCGGCGUUAGUGCAGUUGACGAAACUUUACGGCACUUUCUGCAGCGAAGACGAGUGA